AUGGAUGCUUUGGAUAAUCCUGGUGAUCAUAGUGUUAAUGCAACAAUGAGUAACAACACUAGUAAUAUAGGUCCCUUUGAAAUUCCUUUCGAUGAUAAGGGACAACUCAAUGAUGCGGGUCAAAUGAUUGCAAUCCUUAUCCCACCAACUAAUGGGAAUGGAGUUUUUCAUGUAGCUAGUGUUAUGUUACUCAUGUUACAAAUGAAGUGGCUAUAUGGUGGACAAGCAUAUGAGGAUACCAAUGUUCACUUGAAGAAUUAUGUAGAGAACAAAGAGAGCACAGGAAAAAUAAUGACCCAAAUUGAUUUCUUGACAAAGUAUGUUAUGGGUGCACCUACAAAAGCGAUAAACUCCAUAACUUCUAAGGCCUAUGAGGAUGAUGAGGAGGCCAGGAAGUUGGAUGAGGAGAUCUGGAGUGAGAAGACACUUGAUGAGCACUUAAAAGAAAACUUGAGUAGGAAGAUGCCUAAGUCUAAGAAAAAGAAGGCGUUAUAUCAGAAUCAAGAAAAAGAAGAAGAGAAAUAUGAUGAAGAAGUGGUUGAGCUUACCGAAGGUGACACCAUUGAAGUCACACAUAGUUUUAGUGCUAUUGUGGAUAGUAAGAUUGUGGAAAAGAAAGAUGAUCCCAGAGCUUUCAUAAGUCCUUGUACCAUUAGAAUGCAUAUGUUUGAAAAAGCUCUAUGCGGCCUUAGUGCAAGCAUCAACCUCAUGCCCUUUUUCAUCUACAAGAAACUUGGUUUGAAUUCCCCUACCCUGACAUCUAUACAAAUCUUAAUGGUGGAAUGGUCUAUUAAAAGGCCGAUGGGAAUUUUAUUUGAUAUCCUAGUUAAAGUGGACAAGUGUAUACUUCCCACCGACUUUGCGGUCUUGGACUAUGAAAUGGACCAAGAUGUACCUAUCAUCUUUGGUCAUCCAUUUUUAGCCAUCGAUAGGGCCAUUUUUGACUUAGAAAUAGGGGAGAUAAAGUUUAGGGUGCAAGAGGAUAAGGUCACUUUCAAGGUUUACAAGACGAAGAAGCAAUCCAUAGAGCUUCAAGUCAUGUCCAUGGUGGAUGUUAAUAUUGAGGAGGCAAAAGAAGGUGGGCUUAAGGACCCACCUUAA